AGCAGCCAGCAAGAGGGACUCAAGGCAGUGGGCAGUACUCUGAGCCUCGAGAAACCUUCCAACCAAUCCCUCUCUCUUACAUUUAGCUACCCUUUGCUACAAGUAGCUGCAAAGGACACCACCACCUUUAGGAGAUGCAACAGCAGAUGGAUUGAGUCUGAUCUGAACAUCAAGAACAGAGCUUUGGAAGGAAUGUACUGCACCAAACUCCAAGACCUGAGAUACUAAUCUCUGCAUGACUGGAAUGGACCCAAGGCAAAAUACCUCAUCUCAAGAUGAUUAUCUUCCCCACUACCAGCAAGACGAAGACCCUUUUGCAUCAAAACUCUCAAAGGAAGCUGACAUAGUAGCUGGAUUUUAUUUAUUAGUGAUUGGAAUCCUGUCAACUUUGGGAAAUGGAUAUGUUAUAUACAUGUCUAUCCAACGGAAAAAGAAGCUGAAGCCUGCUGAAAUAAUGACUGUCAAUUUAGCAGUGUGUGACCUGGGAAUUUCAGUGGUGGGAAAGCCUUUCAGCAUCAUUGCCUUCUUCUCCCACCGCUGGAUUUUCGGUUGGAGUGGUUGCCGUUGGUAUGGAUGGGCUGGGUUCUUCUUUGGCAUUGGGAGUCUUAUUACCAUGACAGCAGUAAGCCUGGAUAGAUAUUUCAUUAUAUCAUCUAUAGGAUAGAUAUGCUAUUUAUCCUAUGGUUCCUGGCUGAAGAGACGCCAUGCUUUCAUCUGUUUAGUAAUCAUCUGGUCUUAUGCUACAUUCUGGGCAACAAUACCAUAUGCUGGCUUGGGCAAUUAUGCUCCUGAGCCAUUUGGAACCUCAUGCACUUUGGACUGGUGGCUGGCUCAAGGUUCAGUGGCUGGACAGGCUUUUAUUCUGAAUAUCCUUUUCUUCUGUCUUUUGCUCCCAACUGCCGUGAUUAUGUUUUGCUAUGUUAAAAUAAUAGCAAAAGUCAAGUCAUCCACCAAAGAAGUAGCUCACUAUGACACCAGGAUUCAAAACUCACAUGUACUGGAAAUGAAGUUAACUAAGGUGGCAAUGUUGAUCUGCGCAGGAUUUCUGAUUGCUUGGAUCCCAUAUGCUGUAGUAUCUGUAUGGUCAGCUUUUGGAAGACCAGAUUCAGUCCCCAUCAAAGUUUCAGUGAUACCGACUUUGCUUGCAAAAUCAGCAGCUAUGUACAACCCAGUUAUUUACCAGGUCAUUGACUGCAAAUCUGCCUGUUGCAGGCCACGUGACCUCAAGACACUAGAAAAGAAAAACUCUGAGAAGAAAUCCAGGCUGUAUAUAAUAGCUACAGACAAAAAAUCUGAGGUAAUGAAGGAAACCCAACUGGACAGUGUGUGAAACCCUUCAACAGUUAACCCACCAGUCAACUGUUUUCUUCUCAAUUGCUUCCUUUACAAGUACAUUUUAAAUUAUGGCAGCUCCUUUUCACUGUUGCUCUUGUUUUCUUAUUCUGGUGUGUUGCACAAAAUGCAUUUGCUUCCCUGUUAAUUGGAAAAUUCACACUUUUCAAAAUGUCACAGAUUUAUUUGUAGAUAUCUGAAAUAUGUAAAGACCUGC